CGUGACCUCUCUCCAGCCGUCGACUUCCUGUGUAAACAAAUCUUAUCACGGCUGCGAGUACCGAUUUGGAGGAGUUGUGCAGCUCGGAAGAGAGUAGCAAGCAAAGUCAAUAACGAUUCCAAUGGCAGAUGGAAAUGAUGAUGAUAACCUGAUGCAGGCAGAUGAGGAUCCUGAAGAUGAUGAUGAUGAUGAGGUGGAGGAUGAGGAGGAGGAAGAAGAAAUAGUUGAUUUGGGCGAGCUGGUUGACAUUGAGCUGGCAUCACCCAGUAAAGAUUUUGACCGUAUUGUUCCUGCAGAACGCAGUGGACAUGUUGCUGUGGCUGAUGGUAACUGUAUGUACGUAUGGGGUGGAUAUAAGAAUACCCAAGCAUCUGGCAAUUAUGACUUCUAUUUACCAAGAAAUGAAAUUUGGAUCUAUGAUAUGGAGACUGGAAGAUGGAGGAAACGAUUCACCGAAGGAGACAUGCCACCUUCUAUGUCGGGCAGCUGUGCUGUAUGUGUUGAUGGCGUCCUGUACCUUUUUGGGGGACAUCAUGCACGAGGAAAUACAAACCGGUUCUACCUACUACCUCUAAGAUCCUCUGGUGUGCUGCGCUGGGAAAAGAUGCGAGAUUUGGCUGGUCUGCCACCUUCAUGCAAGGACAAGCUUGGCUGCUGGGUUUAUAGAAACAAAUUAAUCUUCUUUGGCGGAUAUGGUUAUGUUCCAGUUGGAAAUCAUCGGGGAACAUUUGAAUAUGAUGAAUCAUCUUUCUGGGCACACAGUGCAGCCCGAGGCUGGAACAACCAUAUUCACAUCUUGGAUCUCGAGACAAAUGCCUGGAGUCAGCCAGAGACCACGGGAAAUCCCCCUUCUCCCAGGGCCGCACACGCCUGUGCUACACUUGGAAAUUGUGGUUACGUGUUUGGUGGCAGGUACAGGGAAUCCCGACUUAAUGACUUGUAUCGCAUCAAUUUAAAUACCUGGGAAUGGCGUGAGCUGAUCGUCUCACAGCAGCAGUGCCCUGUGGGGCGCUCUUGGCACUCAUUAAUUCCGGUAUCACAAGAUUCUCUGUUCCUCUUUGGUGGCUUUACUACUGAUAAACAACCCCUCAGUGAUGCUUGGCUUUACUGCAUCAGUAGGAACGAAUGGAAACCCUUCAAGCACAACCACAUGGAGAAUCCCAGGCUCUGGCAUACUGCUUGUGCAAGCAAAGAGGGUGAAGUUUUUGUUUUUGGCGGGUGUGCAAACAAUCUUUUAUCCCAUCAGCCAGCUGCUCACAGCAAUGAAGUCCUCAUCUUCACAGUUCAACCCAAAUCGCUGUUAAGACUGUGCUUGGAGAUGGUAAUCCACUUCAAGGAGAUACUGGCGUCAUCGUGGGACUGCCUUCCAAAAGACCUGCUGCGAAACAUAAGCCAUCGCGCUGGCAGCAACAAUGUGCUGGGCUCCUGAACAGAGUGUGUACCUGCCGUCUAGCUGUUCAUAUUUCUUUUUGUAAAUAACGGUGUUUAGGUAUCUGUGUAAAAAAUCCUUUUGUCAGGUCUGUGCAUGUUAAGUACGCACAUUUGUAAUGUUUUGUUAUGACAUGCCAGGUUUGACCUAACUGCAGCCCCCAAGCUCAGCUGCUGGUAGUGAUACCCUGGCCUUUCUGUUUCAUGGUCUUUACAUUUCUCACAUCAUUUUAGUACAGAAGAUUUGUUUUUUUUUUUUAUUUAUUUAUUAAAAAUGUCAAGAAGCAGCCCUGUUGCAGUUGAUAAACCAGCUCCAAGUUAAGCAAGAUAGUGGACUGCCAUCAAACCACUUUCUGCUGCUUGUGUGUUUUAUAUGUAAUCGGUUGGGCUUAAGCACCCCCUAAAUUUGAAACUCGUUAUUUCAAAGCAGUAAAAGUGCCUUUUAUAGCAAACGUCUGAGAGAAAGAGUGCAAAUUAUGUGACUCACAUUAAAGUCAUGGUAUGAAGUAA